AUGAGUGAAACAAGACCUAAGACAUUUUUCGAUAUUUCGAUUGGGGGCAAACCUGCUGGUCGGAUUGUUUUCGAGUUGUAUUCUGAUGUUGUUCCAAAGACGGCGGAGAAUUUCUUAAAACUCUGUGAAGGUAACUCGGGAUUUGCCAAAUCCAAACCGGAUAUACCAUUGAGCUACAAGGGCUCGAUCUUCCACAGAGUUAUCAAGUCUUUCAUGUGUCAAUUUGGAGAUUUCACUAACUUCAACGGCACUGGUGGUGAAUCGAUUUACGGAGAGAAAUUUGAAGAUGAGAAUUUUACUUUGAAGCAUGAUAAGCCAUUCUUGUUGUCUAUGGCAAACGCUGGUGCGAAUACCAAUGGAUCUCAAUGUUUCAUAACAUGCGUUCCAACUCCACACUUAGAUGGUAAGCAUGUUGUUUUCGGUGAAGUGAUCCAGGGCAAAAGGUUAGUCAGAACUAUAGAAAAUAAUGCUACAGAUGAAGCUGAUAAGCCGGCCAAAGAGGUUAAAAUUGAGGAUUGUGGUGUGUUACCAUCCGAUUAUACUGUUCCUGCAGAUGCAGAAGCGACUCCGACUGAUGCGUAUGGUGACAAUUAUGAAGAAAAUAUAACAGACGAUUCGAAGGUUGAUCCCAACGACGUCAAUAGUGUCUUGAACGCUGUAGAAGCAGUAAAAGAGAUCGGUACUAAACAAUUCAAGGAGAAAAAUUUUGAAGUAGCCCUUGUGAAAUAUGAAAAAAGUAGUCAAAUGCUUAAGCAGUACUUCCCUCAAGAUUUACCAGAGGAGGAUGUUAAAAAAAUUGACGCAUUAAGGGUAUCCUUAUUCUUGAACAUCGCUUUGGUGUCUCUCAAGAGUAAAAAUUACAGUAGAACACUUAGCGCCGCCACUGAAGCCCUUCAUGCUGACAACACAGACGAUAAAUCCAAGGCCAAGGCAUUGUAUCGCCGUGGUUUAGCUUAUUACUACACAAAAAACGCAGAAAUGGCCGUGACAGACCUCGAAUUGGCUACUACAUACCAACCACAUGAUACUGCAAUUAUAAAGGCUUUACAAGACGCCAAGAAAGCCAAAAAGGAGUUGAUUGCUAAACAGAAGAAGUCAUUAUCCAAAAUGUUUUCCUAA